GAAGUUACCGAAGAAUCGAUAAAAGGGUCCAGAAUGGAAGCCAGUCAUAAACAGCUUAUUUAUCUUCAUAAUAAUUGGCUCCCGCAAACGUUUGCGACGCAUAAAACACAAUUCUGCAUAUUUAUUAAUUCCUUCGACCGUUUGUUGGAAUAUAACGUAUUCAUUUUGGCUUUACUUCUGUAUACGAAAACUGUAGAUGAUCAAUGUUGGAAGGAUGGUAUUGUCGUUCUAUCGCAAACAACAAUGCAGAUGCCGAAGAAGAUGACGAAGAAAGUCCAGAGGAGGAAGUGCCAAACUACAAGGAUCAGUAUCGAAAUCUUAAGCGAAAAUUAAAGUUUUUAAUUUAUGAAAAUGAAUGUUUUCAAGAAGCUCUAAGAUCCACUCAAAGAAAAUUACUCAAAGUAAAUAGAGACAAAAGUUUUUUAUUAGACAGAUUAUUGCAAUACGAAAAAGUAGAUACGUCGUUUAGCGAAAGUGAUGAAACUGAGUCAUCCGACGAAGAAGUUGCUAGGCUCGAUACGUCCAAGAGAAAAAAAAUGGAAGUCAAUGUAGGCAAUCACAUUUCGCAUCAUCCAUCUACAGUUACUAAACCUCUUAAUACGAGCAAAAAGAAAAAAGCUGCACCAAAAGUAUCCAAAACGAACAACAUACCUACAGUACAAGCACCUAAUAAUAUGGUACCGAUAUCUUUGAUGUCGGAUGGACAUAUGACACCUGAAGAAGUAGAAAGGCAUUUAGAGUCUCGUCAAACGUUUAUAGAACUUGUACCAGAAAAAGCACCGCCUACAGUUCCGACAGAAAUGUUCAGCAAUGACCCUUCGUUAGAUAGUGAAUCCAAUGAAAUCGGCGAGUUAGAAACAUCUCCGAGUAAUAUGGGCGAAGAUUGUCUCAGCAUGGAUAUGAUGGCUGAGUGACAUCGAUUCGAAAAUAGAUUAUUGAUCAAUUAUUAAUUGCACAUAAUUGCAUGUUUCGUUAAUAUCAAUAUUUUAUUCAAUUAACUUAUCUGUGUAACUGUCGUGUAGCAUAAUAAAAUUUUUUAUACAUAUGAAAGAUGUCUACGGAAAAUAUAAAUCGUUUAGAUCUAGUAUUUGAAUCAAUAUUCGACAUGGUUUUACGCGUAUACGUAAAUUGUUCAGAAUUUUUCAUAAAUAUGAAUAAAUAUACGUUAAUAUAUA